CCCGCAUCGCCCCGCAUCGCAUCGCACGGCACAGGCUGCAGCUUCACCGGUCCGUCCGUGGAUUUUCAUUUUGAAGACUUCUUCAAAACCUGUUGUUAAAACUCAAGAAUAUUGAAACCAUUGCAGCCGAAGAUCCAGAACAAUGCAUUAAAAUUAUCCAAAUGCACCCAGUGCUGUAAUUAUACAGCAAACAUAAAGCUAAUUGGAACUUUAUUCUUUAAAAUGGAACAUCUCGGGCUCAUUUUUCAGACUUUAAAGAACUGUAAACAAUCUUCAAACAAAGUAGUUCUAUUUCUCUUUAUUAUUACGUCAUUAGCAGUUCUAGUUUGCACGGAUGAGGACUACUAUAAAUUGCUUGGAUUAACAAAAAGUGCAACUAAUCGACAGAUAAGACAAGCUUUUAAGAAGCUUGCACUCACAAUGCAUCCUGAUAAAAAUCCAAAUAAUCCAGAAGCACAUGACAACUUUCUGAAAAUAAAUAGAGCAUAUGAAGUUUUAAAAGAUGAGGAUCUUCGGAAAAAGUAUGACAAGUAUGGUGAGAAAGGCCUGCAGGAUCACCAGGCUGGUCAAUAUGAAAGCUGGAACUUUUACCGUUACGAUUUUGGCAUAUAUGAUGAUGAUGUUGAAAUUAUAACAUUGGAUAAAGGGGAUUUUGAUGCUGCUGUUACCUCGGGUGAAUUGUGGUUUGUGAACUUCUACUUUCCUCGGUGCUCACACUGCCAUGAUCUUGCUCCCACGUGGAGAGAAUUUGCCAAAGAGAUGGAUGGAGUCAUCCGCAUAGGAGCAGUGAACUGCGGGGAUAACAGGAUGUUGUGCCGUUCCCAGGGAAUCACCAGCUACCCAAGUCUAUACAUCUUUAAAGCAGGGAUGAGUCCAGUGAAAUAUUUUGGAGAACGCUCAAAUGAGGAACUUGUUACAUUUGCCAUGAAGUAUGUCACGAGCCAGGUGUCAGAAUUAUGGGCCGGAAAUCUCGCAAGUGCUUUUAAUUCAGCGUACUCUUCAGGAAUUGGGUGGCUGGUGACUUUCUGUGCCGAAACAGAAGAUUGCUUGUCAUCACAGACCCAACUUAAGUUAGCUGGAAUGCUGGAAGGUCUUGUUAAGGUGGGCUGGAUGGAUUGCAACACUCAGGCGCAACUUUGCACAGAGUUAGAGAUAACCUCCAGCUCAACGUAUUAUUUUCCACCUGGAUCUACCAUUAAACAGAAAGACAAAAUCUUGUUUCUCCACAGCCUGGAUGCCAGAGAAAUUUACAUUGAAGUAAUGCAGCAUUUACCAGAUCUGGAGAAGCUCACUGAACAUUCAAUCCAGAGCAAGUUAGCCCACCAUCGAUGGCUGGUUUUCUUUAAAUUUGGUGACACAACAGAGACUGGUGAAUACGAGUUUAAAAAGUGUAAGGGACUUCUACAAAGUGAUAACAUCCAGGUUGGAAAUUUUGAUUGCCAUGCAGGACCACAAAUCUGCAAGAACCUCUAUAUACGACAGCCUUGUGUUGUAAUAUUCAAAGGCAGUGGAACACAUGCCUUUGAAAUUCAUUAUGGUAAGAAGGUUCUCUACGACAUUGUGUCCUUUGCCAGGGAGAGCAUCAAUGCGCCUGUCAUCACACUAAAUCCAGAGAACUUUCCGAAGAACCAGAGAGAGCCUUGGCUUGUGGACUUCUUUGCACCUUGGUGUCCUCCUUGUCGAGCCCUUUUACCAGAACUACGUAAAACCUCCAAGCAGCUGGUUGGCCAGCUUAAGUUUGGAACAUUGGAUUGUACGAUCCAUGAAAAUUUAUGUAAUACACACGGUAUCCAAGCUUAUCCAACAACAUUGAUAUUCAACCAGUCCAAUGUACAUGAAUAUGAGGGCCUUCACACAGCCACUGAACUUUUGGAGUUUAUACAGGAUCUCAUAAAUCCCUCAGUCGUUGCACUGACAGCAGAAAACUUUGAAGGAUUGGUUCGACGGAGAGGACAAGAUGAGGUUUGGAUGGUGGAUUUCUAUGCUCCAUGGUGUGGUCCUUGCCAAGCUUUGAUGCCAGAAUGGAAGAAGAUGGCUAGGAUGCUAAAUGGAACGGUCAAAGUAGGCAGCAUGGACUGUCAGAAGUACCAUUCCCUGUGUCAGAAAGAAAAUGUGCAGGCCUACCCAGAGAUACGACUCUUCCCACUGAACACUAAUAAUGCCUAUAAAUACCAUAGUUAUAAUGGUUGGUCCAGGAAUGCACAGUCGCUUGGGUCUUGGGCAUUGGGGUUCCUUCCUCAAAGCUCCAUUGAAUUAACACCAGCAGACUUUACAGACAAAGUAUUAAAGGGAAAGGACCACUGGAUCAUUGAUUUCUAUGCACCUUGGUGUGGUCCUUGUCAGAACUUUGCUCCAGAGUUUGAACUUCUUGCUAAGUCAUUCAAAGGCAAAGUAAACGCAGGAAAGAUGGAUUGUCAGAAUAACCCACAUAUUUGUCAAACUGCUGGAAUCAGAGCAUAUCCUACAGUUAAAUUCUAUCCUUUCCAAGGUGAAAAGAAGAAAAGUGCCACAGGUGAAUAUAUAAACACCAGAGAUACUAAAGUGAUAUCUGAGCUACUAAGAAAACGAUUAGAUGAGCUGCAACCAAAGAUGGGCACAUUUUCAACAAAAAAGGAUGAACUAUAAAAUUGAAUCACAUUUCUCCCCAGAAGUGGUAAUGUCAACUGAAACUGCAAUAUCAUCAAGAAAUAAUGAAACAACCAUGUUCUGUUCUGGUCAAGGAAUACUAGAUGAAACUCAUUCUGCAAACUAGGUUAUCCAUGCAUAAAUAAAAUGUAAUGAGCUGAGGGCACAAAAAAAAUCGUUCCAAGUUACUGAUGGAUUCCUUGAUACCUCAUAUUUUGGCACAUUUUUUCAUUUUUGAUAUGUGGUAAUAUCUGACAACAUUAGCCUACUAUGUUAAAAUAUGUCUGAACUGUUUUGAGUAUUUAGUAGAUUAACUAAGAGUAUCACACCAUUCAUUCAUUUACGGUGAUAAGUGAAUUGGGAAAUUGGAACAUCUUUGCACCAGCAGUUUCUGCUGUAAUUUGGUUUGCUAGUGUAGGAAUUUAAAAGGAUCACUGGUGAUAUUAUGCACUGAUGUAAAUGAUGCGAGAAGGACUACUUUGUUUGCAAAAGGAAAUGAUUUAUGCAUGAAUUCUAAAACAAUAAUCAUUAGAAGUCUGGUUUACAAAAAUAAGUGACCUAGGAUGUCCAACAUGAGUAUCUUUCUUUUGGCGAAUAGCUGGAUUUUUUCAACUGUUAGUGUGCUGUUUCUGUAAAGCAGUUUGUAUGAGCAUUGCAAAUUAGUGUAUAAUUAUUCUGGUUGUGGUAAAACACAAUUAAUUUUGUACCAAUUAUUUUGUGUGCCAUAGGCUCAUUGAAUUAGGUUUACCAAUUUAAUGUUGAUGAAACAGUUUCAAUUGGAAGCCAGAGUAAAACACUCUUUAUAAAUGAAUAUGAAAUAUAUAUUAGUACCUGAUGCUUUCCAAUAAGUUCUUAGUAUUUGCGUUAUCUGUAUUUUAUUCUAUCUAUUCUGAUCAACUUUUGGCGACUGAUCAGCUGCUAAUGCAUAACACUGUACAAUGGUGAUUUUUAAAGUGGUAUUUUGACUACAGUUUUGGAUAUGGUGACAUGGUGUUCAGUUGUGCAAUGGAAGAGAAGGGUUGAAACUAUUUCUUGCUGUGCAGGAAAAUCUCCUAAUUAUGAAAUGCUUUUGGUUUGCGUGGCAGCUUGAAUCAUUUGCUGUCCAUGGCAUUAGUGUAGAUUUAAGGUUACUUGCGGUGAAAUAAUUCUUACAAAAUUUGUUGCAUUUUAUGCAGAUUCCGCGAACGUUAUUCUCAAAUAAAGCUAGCUGUUUAUUUUGACAUAAUGCGACCACCCCAAGUCAUAUAUUUUAUAUUAGACAAACACUAAGAAAUGAAUUUGUAUCUAUUUUGUAAAUUACCUUUUAAAGAAGUCAGAAUACUCGGUCUUGCUUCCUGGGUCUUUUUUAGUUUGAAUAAGCAUACUUCUUUCUUUCAAAUGAAUGUUUCACACAUGCCUUAACUCACUUCUGGUGCAAGUUGGCUGGAUCAGACCAGCAUUCAUCACUAAAGUCUCAUAUUUGAGCUGCUCAAUCUACAGAUGGAUUUAAGAGAUUAAGUCUCAGUGGUAUUAAAGGAAAAUAUAAAUACAAGCAAAAACUACAGUGAAACGUUCCGUCAGAAAGCAGAUAAUCUAUCACUGUUUUAGUCUUGUCCAUUUACAGAGAGAUUCAGACAGAAUAAUUAUAAAAUGGGUAGGAUAUUUUGUAAUUCCACUUGCAAUUGUUUCUACAAUUGUUUCAACUUAAUAAAAUUGGAAUAUGGUUCACAAA